CGAACUCUAGAUCAUGCGCGCUCGAUAGUAAUCGGUAUUUGCCGAGCCAUUCAGCAUUCACGACCUGGAGAAGCAUGAUCGUACUCGGCAACCAACACAUAGACCCUAACGAGGUUGGUAACCAGUUAGACGUACUGCCGACGACCUUCCGAGACAUAAUUUUCUCUUACGACUUAAAAACAUCACCGGGGUACGCUUGGACCCUGAACACGGGCUUGGAACGUUGCCUCGAGCCGGACUGAACAUGAAUCGAGACUCAGUCAGCACCACAGCGCAUGGACCGUCGACUAGACUAGUUCAGAACACCAAAAACGCUCGCCAAUGGCGUGCCUUGGCGCUGACACCUACACAGCACUCAUAAUCGUUCCUGGAUUAAGGGCUAGACAACGGUUGCAGCCCAAGCAAGAGACCCGGGGGGACGGGUUGGCCGUUGUGGAUGCUGAACGUGGCUGAGACAUUGCGGCUUACGUCGCGUUAGAUAGUAGCACUGCUGAUUUCUGUAACCCAAAACCUUCCGCGAUAGUCAUAUGGACAAGUGCUUGUCGUGUGAAGUUUUAAAUGUGUGUAUUGAGGAGAGACGAACCUUUGGCAGAU